AUUACUUGCUCGGUCUUGCUUGUCCUGUGAUCUUGUCACAUACAAGAUUCUGCUCAUAGAGUAACUUGAUUCUGCUAAAGGUAGUUGUGUACAUGCUGCUUUCAAACUUUACAAAAUCAAUUUAAUUUGAUUGCAUGAAUAAUUGGUGAUAAAUUACUAUAAUAAAUACCUACGCGCUGUUUACACGAGUGACAUACUAUAUAAAUUCAUUAGAUUCUCCUUAUAAACUAAUAAAAUGGAGAAAAAUUCGAAAUUAAUAAUAUCAAGCCCUAAUAUUCAAUAUACCGAUGAUUAUAUCUUGUCGGACUUUGAAUACGAAGAGACCCUGGUAACGAAAAAUGCAAACGAGAUUGUGGUUAAGCCGUACAAGAAAUCUAUUAGCAUCCGAACAGGAAAGAAGAUUGGUAAAGUGGGUGUAAUGUUAGUCGGAUGGGGAGGUAACAACGGUUCUACGUUUACAGCAGCAGUUCUUGCCAAUCGGCACCAGCUGUCUUGGAACACAAAGAAUGGAGUGCAGGAUUCUAACUGGUUUGGAUCUAUAACGCAAGCGUCGACUGUGAGGCUUGGUAUUGAUGAGAAGGGCAGUGAUGUUUACAUACCGAUGUCGCAGUUACUACCCAUGGUGCACCCGGAUGACUUAGUAAUCGACGGCUGGGACAUCAGCCCGCUGAACUUGGCCGAGUCGAUGGUCCGCGCGAAGGUGAUUGACUACGACCUGCAGCAGAAGCUCAGGAAGGAGAUGGCCGGUAUGAGGCCGCGCCCUGCCAUCUACGACCCUGACUUCAUAGCGGCGAACCAGGCGGACCGCGCAACCAAUAUUAUCCGGGGCACGAAACACGAACAGUACCUCCAGAUAAGAGCCGACAUCAAGAGCUUCCGGGACAAGAACAAGCUGGACAAGGUCUACAUAUUGUGGACAGCCAACACAGAGAGGUUCUGCGAUGUCCGCGUUGGUGUCCACGAUACAUCGGACAACGUGGAGAAGGCUCUUCACAACAACGAUAAGGAGAUAUCACCUUCGACCAUCUUUGCACUGGCCGCCAUCGACGAGGGAUGUUGCUACAUAAACGGUUCCCCGCAAAACACUCUAGUGCCAGGUGUCGUAGAACGAGCCGAAUCACGCGGUGUAUUCGUGGCCGGAGACGAUUUCAAGUCCGGACAGACCAAGCUCAAGUCCGUGCUUGUAGAUUUCCUCGUAGCAGCUGGUCUAAAACCAGUAUCCAUUGUUAGCUACAACCAUUUGGGUAACAACGACGGUAAAAAUCUCUCCGCGCCGAAGCAGUUCCGAUCCAAAGAGAUCAGCAAGAGUAACGUUGUGGACGAUACAGUUCAGUCCAACCGCAUCCUGUACAAGGAAGGUGAGAAGCCCGACCACGUGGUUGUCAUCAAGUACGUGCCCUAUGUCGGUGAUUCAAAACGCGCUAUGGACGAGUACACAUCCGAGAUACUUCUACACGGCACCAACACUAUAGUGGUCCACAACACUUGCGAGGACUCGUUGCUAGCUGUCCCGCUCAUACUCGACCUGCUGGUGUUGGCGGAACUCUUCUCACGUGUGCAAUAUAAACAACAACAGAGUGCAGAAUGGCAGUCGAUGCACAGCGUUUUAUCAGUGUUAUCAUACUGCUUGAAAGCACCAUUGGUUCCUCAAUCUGCGCCCGUAAUCAACGCUCUCUACAAACAACGCGCCUGUAUAGAGAACAUAAUGCGAGCCUGCUUGUCUCUGGCGCCGAACAAUCACAUGCAACUGGAACACAAGGUUCCAUUCCUUAUGUCUGAACUUCGUUCGGGUGCAAUGUUUGCGGGCAACGCCCCGCCCACUAAGAAACCGAAGCUUGCGCAAGAGAAUGGCGACAAGUAAGAAAACUUCAGGAAAUACCAUACUUUAUGUUAAGAGAUAAGUUACCUCGAUAUUAUAUAUUUGAAAAAAAUGAAGUACGAACGUACAUAAUUCUAUGAAUAAAAAAUAUACUUUCUAACAAAAUUAAUAGAUAUACAAGAAAAAACUCUUAAGAAAUUAUAGUCGAAAUAUUCAUUCAUUUGUUUUCUGUCACUUGAGUCGUAUAGUAUCAAAGGCGGCAAAGUAGGUAGAUUUUCAAAAAUGAGAUACGAGUAUGGUAACACAGGAAAUUUAAAAACAAAUCUUAAAAAUCUCUCAUUCAGGAUUACAGAUGACCAUAAUACCCUUAAAAACUUGAUUGAAAACACAAUUUGGUUUCAAAGGUUGCAAUCUUUCUCAUCUCACAAUCAUAACCGACCAUAUUUCAAUUUCAACCAAUCAGAAGAGUUUCUGCAGUAGCGUCGCAACAUGGCAGAAAGUGCAGUUCAAUACAUUUUUGACUUGAGUUUUUAGUGAUUUAAAGUUUCUUCUUUAGUGUGUGAUACUUAUCAUGGAGCAAACUCCAACACGUACUACUAAUUACACAAGCAAACGAAGAAGGAAUAGCGAUACAUGCAAGAGGAAUGUGAUAAAAAGCUAAAAUAAUUUCGUGUUAUUUACUAGGUUAGGGUUGGCACCUAUUUGAAUUUACUACGUAUUUUUUUUUAAUUUGUUUUGAUAGUUCCUGUGUCCUGCCCGUGGAAUAUCUUUCAAGAUUGAAACAUGAUUUUUGUUAUCCUUUUUUACUCAUAACAUUACCGGUAGGUAUUAUCCAUAUACUAUUAUGUAUGUAGAAAUAUAGUACAAUAGUCCAUUCAUUACAGUUACUUCAAUUUAGUUGAUUUUAUUAUAACAUUCCAUUGUCGUGAUGGCAAACACAUAUUAUGAUGUGUGCGGUGUGUGCCCAAUUGCAAGUGAUCUUCCAAAUAGAACGCAAGACUCCGGCUUAAUAAAACCUGGUCUUUAGUUUCUUAUUAUUAAUUGAUUUUUUAUGUUUGAGUCCAUGUUCAUUAAAACCAUAAAAGGAAAUUUUAUUCCAACAUUGUGUGAUUGCGUAAACAAAAUUUUUGUUUUUUACUACGAAACAAUCUCGGUUAAUUUUUUUUAAUUUUAAAUAAUUUGAUUUUUGUUUCAGUCUAUUAUUUGUUCUUAAUUUCUGUUAUUUUUUAAUAAAAAUAUAAAUUAAAUAUAACAAACUUUAAUUUUGACAACCCUGUUCAUACUCGGCUAUCAUAACAUUUAGUUCGCGUCAAAGGCGGCCAUAUUUACCAAGCUUCGGUUCAAAAUCGGCCAUUCUAAUAAUUUACUAUCAAGGCGGCAAAAUAGUAAUUUUAUUUUAUUAUUAUGGUGCCUGUGGUUCACUUUGCGCAAUGAUUUUAUGUUCAUUGACAUUCAUCAUAACGACAAAUCGUAGUGAAAUGUCUCCCUUAAAGACGAGACUAAACAGUUUUUUUUGAUUUGCCAAAUAUUUGGUUCGUCCUACUUUGCCGCCUUUGAUACUAUACGACUCACUUUUAAUUGAUAAUUUACCUGAUCUCGUUCUCAAUAAUGGGAGAAAACGGUUUCAACUACUGAGAACAUGUACCUACAAGCGAAUAUCGACCUUAAUCAACUAAACACUAUAAUAAUAUAAAAGAACUUCGAAGUUAAACUUGAUGUAAAUCGUAAUGCUGUCUCUGUUUUCUGUUUAGCAAACAAACAACACAUGGUGACAGCAUCCAUUUUAGAGCUUUAAAUUUAGUCACCGUUUUCUAAUAGGUUGAAUAAUAUUAAAUAAAACUAGUUUAAACGGGUUAAUUCACGAACUUUAUUUAUUUAUUGACGUUUCGCAGCCUUUUACGAGUCGAGCUACCUUCGAAAGACACAAAGACAAGACAAAGACAGACAGUCUUUCGAAGGUAGCUUGACAAAGUAAAUAAAAAAUUGUUAUUCUGACGAUGUAGACCUGAAAAGGCUGCGAAACGUCAAUAAAUAAAUAAAGUUCGUGAAUUAACCCGUUAACACUAGUUUUAUUUAAUGAGUGAUGUGCGUGAAAACCUAAGAAACAAAUAUUGAAUAAUAUUGUUGAUACUGUAACUGCAGAAUCAUAUUAUUUCGAGGUAACAGCAUAACGGCACUUAGUUUUAUUUUAAUGUUUUUUUUCAUCGUUAAUUUAUACAUCCUAAUGUAUAUUUGUAAUCAAUUAAUUUUAUUUUUCCAGUAUUAUAUGUGUAAUUUGAAUGAUUAAUUUGUUUCCUAGUCUUCUUGGAUGUAAAACAUGGCUUUAUAUCGAGUUGAUAAAGCAUAACUCGUGUCGACGAUGACGUAAGACAUUUGUCUCUUUUGCACGUUACUUAGGAUAGUAUGUGGGAGAGGGACAGAAUGUCUUAAAUCGUCAUUUGCGAUGCCUUCUUUAAUGACACGUGUUAUACAGUUGGUCUCGUUUUUUGAUUUAGCAGUAUUUUAUAUAUUAUGUGAGAAAUUUACCUUAGUAUUAAUAUUCUCUCUAAUAUAAUUUUAUAUAUCGACCUAGUCGAUGAUGCGUUAUUUAUUUAUUUACUAUUAUUUGUUAAAUGUAUCACUAACGUCUCAGAGACGUCAAAUUAGUUUAAUUUAAAGUCGCGUUUUGUUUUACUCAAUCGUGACAGCAAAGAAAUCGACGGCGAUAACUUUAAGCAAACUUUAGAGUUAAUUUUUGCCUUUGAGUGCAGAUGUUAGCUCUCAAAUCUGAGAUACAUCAUGACAUCUGUUUAAUGUGUGACUGUGUGUAAUUGGCAAGAAAGUUCAAAUUAAUCAGUCAGAUCUCAAUUUUCGAAUUAUAUCAGAUAUGGUUAGUUUCAAUAAUAAACCUCCUGUAAAAUGUAAGGAUAAUCCACAGAACCCAGAAAGAGGUUAGUAGAGUGAUCACAGACUGUUUGUACGGGAACCCAUGUCGCCGGCUCGCCCCCACUACACUCACACCUAAUAGAUAAUAGCCAAUCAAACGACGCGACACAAAACAAUCGAACCAAACAGCGCUCAUACCCGAGAGCAACGACGCAAUCUGAAUCAAGUAUAAUUGCAAGUUACGAGCAUUUUCUCACACAUAACUGUGGGCCUGCCCCGCCCACAAGGCCCUUCUCCUCUUUCUGUAUUCUGUGGGAUAAUCAGUACAGUAGUUAUUACAGUAGAGCGCCGAUUAUCCGAAUUAAUUGGGACCGAGGUCGAUUCGGAUAAUCGGACAUAGACGCGUAAUAAAGAAAAUCGAACUGUCGCACAGAAUAAACCUUAUUAAGUUUAACAAACACAGUUCUACCAUAAUAAAUACAAUAAUAGAGGUACAUAGUAGAAAAAAAAACCGCGUCAAGUGUCAAAACAGUGUCUUGCCUCAAGCUUUCAACCAUAAUACUUGAAAUAUAUCUGGAUUCCAGCGAGUUCCAACUUGUUACAACAAAACAAACCAAAAUAACUUGGUUUUAAUUUUUUAUUUAACGCUUAGGACCGAUUCGAAUAAUUGGCGAUUCGGUUAGUCAGCGUUCGGAUAAUCGGCGUUCUACUGUAUUAUCAAUAUAGUAAAAAUAUCUAGGCAAUAAAGUCUCAUUAGGCCUAUCUGUUACUCGCGUUUGAUUAUUGAAACUGGCCGUUAAUAUGAAAUAUCAUAUAUUUUUAUUCGAAAAGAUUAAAACGCAUUUAUCUAAUUAAGUAAGUACUUAAAUUGAUUUCAAUGUAUUUUCCUUCUAAGGCCCAAACACGAAUUUUGACAGCUCUGAAAUCGUAUCGUCAUUAUCACAUUUUGUAUUGAAAGAGCCAAUUUGUUCUUACGUUCGAUAGGGGCGUUGCUUAGUGUUCAUAGAAUUUUCAACGAUACGACUACAGAGUUGUCAAAAUUCGUGCUUGUGCUUCUGAUCUGUGAUGUUGCAAAUGCGAGUAAAUGUUUUACAAUUGUAUUUUAUGUAAAUUCUAUAUCGAAUUUUAAUUAUUUAAAUGUCUAGUUUAAAAUUUAAAUAUGACAGAUCUGUGGUAAACUCAAUUUAAAAUUUCAACUCUACGCGUUUAGUAAUAAAGAUCAUUACCAUAGUGUAGUCGCCCGCUUUUUUUUCAAUAUUUAUGUCUUGCUGCAUAUGAUGCGGCAGUAUUUCUUAACUGAUUCUCAUUUAAGUUAAAAAAAUAUAAUGAAUAUCUCAUAAAUAUUAAGUUUUAUUUAUCUGUAAUUUUUUAUUUGUGAAUUUCUCACUUUGACGCUUGUCUGCCAAAAGUUGUGCUGAAUUUUAUUAAUUCAAGUUUUUAUUAUUGGCCAAUUAUAUUAACAAAUAGGUUAGGAUUUUUCAGGCUGUAUUUAGUGUUACGCGAGCGAAUAUAUAUUUUGCGGUUCAUUCACUUUAUUAAGUUUAAUCCCACAUAACUUACAGUUGAAAGCAUAGUGAGUUUUUGUCCGUUUCGGGACAAUUUAUAUGCGUGCGAAUUCAUAUUUUUUUACAUAAAACAAUUUUCUGCGUAAAUAUAUUGUUAUAUUAAUGAAAAUAGAGACGAAGAAACUUUUCACUUUGCUUCGACUCUGCGUCAAUGUGACUUGAGCUUUUUUACGCACGCGUAACACUAUACUUCAUUCCCGAUAACAUUAAAAAAAAGAAGUUCAGGCUGUAUGGGCAUUGCUCCUCUUGCCUUCCCCGAAAGGGAGAACUUAAAAAAAGGCUGAAAGAAGCAGGGCUUCGAAAUCUUUCUAUGUCAUGUUUAAUAUAAUUAUGAAAUAAGAUAUAUUAAUGAAUAUUAAUAUUUGAUAUGACCUAUAUGUUUUGCCAAAUUCUCUGGAGUGUAAAGUUAACUAUUUAUUAUUAUUUGUUACAAAUAUUAUACAAACAUUGGAAAUGGGUAAAAUUAUACAACAAUAAAAAUAGAAUUUUUAGGGUUCCGAACCUCAAUUUGCAAAACCGGAACCCUUAAUAGGAUCACUCGGUUGUCUGUCUGUCUGUCACGGUGUAUUUGCUCGGAAUCUACUGAACCGAUCAAGUUGAAAUUGUGUACAUACUCAGGUCCGUGACCCAAACAUGGAUGAAUAAAAUAAAUAAAUUACGAUUGUUAACUUUAGGUAGUGAAUCCAAAAUUAAAAAUUGAAAUUAAGGUAACCAUGCCGUGUUAUAAAUCAAAUGAAAGGGUGCAUUUGAGAGUUCCAAACAUAUUUUUUACAAAUAUAAAAUGAAUAAUUCAAGGAUAAUAUAAGAAAAUAGAUAAAGUGUGACCCCCUUUGCUUUGGCAAGAAAAAUAUAUCAAUGAACUUGCCAUUUGCCAAUAAUUUCCUAAUAUAAUAAUUAUUUAAAAAAAAGGGAUAUUAUUUUAUCCCUUUUUUAUUCUAUUUUUUGGCAAACGAAUUAAAUUAGAUGUUUCUACGUGUCACAAAAUAUUUGAGUCGUCCGAAGACUGACUACCACCCUCCAUUCAAAUUUGAACCGUCUCCUUACAAUUAAUCACCCUCUUCACCAGAUGAAAACGCCGAAGACGAUAAUUGGCCUAUAUUAAUCACAAAUUACUCUACCACAUUACUCGAUGACAUUAUACAACUCAUAAAAUCUAUGUUAUUCUUUGUUUUCGUCUUUUUAAAAGAUAGUGGCAACGGCGCUUCAAUAAUUUGCACCACGAGUUCGCCGCUGGUUCUGUUGAAUUCUAUUGAAUGAUUCUUUAAGUUACUAGGGCCCGCACCCACAAAAAACUAUUAACUAUAAGAAAACGAAAGACGAUUAAAAAUCACGUGUAAUAUGUAAUGUGCAUCACCGAAAAAUCAAAGAGAAUGUCAUGAUUUUCAAGCAAAGCGUGUCCUAUGAUCCAUCAAGUAAAAUCAAAAUUUCACAAUUUCGCCUUCCUAUUUUUAGUUCGUUAAAUAAUCAUAUAAUGAACCCUUACUUAUAGUUUGGUCGCAUUAUAUCUAAACGUUUAAAGCAGGUUGCAAACCUCUGUCUCUUUGGGUUCUUCAACACAGCCAUUUUUGUGGUACAAACCACAAUGGUAAAUCAUGUAGUAAUAUAUAUAUAUUUUUAUAAUAUAAAUAUCUAGUUUAUUUGUUAUAUAUGUUACUGUUUAAAUGGCUGUGCUAGUAAAUUUUACGCAUAAAUUUACAAAAGCUUAUUUAAACAUUUAUUACCACAAUGUGUUGAAAAUGUGCACAUAUAAAAGAACUAUUAUCUGGACUAUUAUAUGUUAUCUGGAAUGAAAAAUAAUUAAUUAUGUAGUUUUGUGGACGUAAUAUAAUUAAUAAAAUCUUUAGGCAUUGUCCUAAUACAACGCGAUAACGCGAAUGAGCGAUGCGAUCAUUGUACGAUUUGACGAUCAAACAUAUUGAUCUAGAAUAGGUGUCCUAAUAGGCGAUCGCGCGAUGCAUUCGCGCGAUUAAAAUGUUUAAAAAUCUAUUCGCGCGAACUUAGUUCACGCGAACGCGCAUUCAAACCUAUUAAUGAUGAAUAGGUGUCCUAACUGAAGUUCGCGCGAUGAUCGCGUCGCGUCGAUAGGAAGCGGGGAGAGGGGCAGGACUAACCCGUUCCGUAUUCGCGUUCUAUUAGGACACCCAGUUCGCGAUCACGCGAUGGUCGCAUCGUUUAAUCGCGCGAUGAUCGCGUUAUCGCGUUGUAUUAGGACAAUGCCUUACUCGGAAAUUUACUUGGCGCUCCUUGUCGCACGAUUGGUCUGUAUAGUGUAGUGUAGAAUUACAAUACUCUUACUGUGUGCUACUUAUCAAAGGUAUAUAACCCUAAUCAUACUUAUUAUCACAUUAAACAUAAAAGUGUUUCAUUAAAUGAGAAAAUAUAAGUAAAAUCAAGAAAAAAACUGUAGUAGUAGUAGUAUUAAACAGACUUAAAUUGUCUGACCAUCAAUAUCUUAAGAUACCAAUGAAAUAAAUUAAAAAUGAAUCUGUAUUUUGGAAUAAUAUUUACAAUUUUGCCCUUAUUCUCGGGCAUUGAACGUAGUUUUAGAGCAUGAUCCGGCAUGGUCCUGCAAAGAGGAUGUGACAGGGAAUAGAGAUAUAUUUAUUUAAUGUUGUUUUAUCUUGGGAACUCUUAAUAAUAUAUCUUGAUUAUCGUUCGCUGUAAGAUAAAUAGUUUGUUUUAUAACCAUAAACGUAUAAGAAUAGAGUGGGGAAGGCGGUUCUAAAAGUGUCCGUCUAGUAGAAAGAGAAAGAAGAUGAGAUACCGCUAGCCAUCUCUCUCUCUCUCUUGUGACGCUGCGCAGUCGUGUGAUUGGUCGGUAUUCAUCCAUAGGUUUUUCAUCCAAUGCGUAUGGGCAAUUAGAGAGAAAUCUAGCGGUCUCUCAUCUUCUUUCUCCUUCUAUUGGAGGGACACCUCCACUUGCAGUAGAGUCUACAUCUCCCCUACUCUGUUCUUAUACUUCUAUGGUUAAAACUAGUGUCAAUAAAAUAAGGAAUUGCAAUCAAAGCAAGACAUCCUGUCCCUCUGGAACGUUAAUUAGAAUAGCAUGUGCAAGAGGGACAGAAUAUUUUACGCCGAAAUUUGCUUUCCUUUCUUUAAUGAUACGGGUUAUACAUUAUACUUAUUGAAAGCUCUCACAGUGCUCGCUCUGCACUAAAAAAAAUACCCUGGUGUAGGGCUUGUAUACUGUGCACGGAAUAACAUAACUAGUUAAUGACAUCACAAUAUAUAUUUAUUACUUAUCAUCAGUAUUGCUUCGUAUUUGAAUAGAGUAAGCAUUGACAGUUUUUUUUCUGUUCUCUGUAUUGCAAGUGUCAAGUAAAGAGAUUUGUUUAUGUUUUUAUUACAAUGUGAAUCUUUUUUUUUAUAUUUAUUUUAAAAGAAUAGAAGUUGAAAGCAUUUAUUCAGCAACAUUUAUUAAGCAAUUGUCAAUGUGAUCUAUGUCUGGCUGUAAUAAUUAGUAAGGAUAUUGAGUUGUAAUUAAUAUAGUAUAUAUGACGUCAUUCACUGUACGGGUCAGUUAACUAAAAAACGGCACGGCUUAAAAGCACACGAUUCAUGAAAUAAAACAAUAGUACAUUACGAUACGCGUGACCUAAGUUGCCUAUUACUGCACGGCGUGAAGGUAGCGCCCGAGCGGAGCGAGGGUGCUAAACGCCGUGCAGUAAUAGACAACUUAGGCCACAAGUAUCGUAUACUAUUUUUUAGCAAGUGUGACAUAAACCCGCCCCGGACGCGGGCAAGAGGGGGGGGGGGGGGUUCGGGGGAAGGGAGGGAUUCCCCGAGGGAUGCGAUUAGUGUUUUGAAAGUAAAAUUCAUGUAUUGCAAUCACAAAGAAUUGCAAUACAGACUGCAAGUCAAACUCUGAAAAGAAAGAAUUCCGGUCUACAUUACCAUUUUGAAAGUAUAUUUCAAAAGGAAAAAAUCAAAUAUCAUUACAACAAAAUAGAAUUUCAAUGUAUCCAUGAACGUUUAUUCCUUGAUUGGCAUAGUAAAGUUAAGUUACGCGUAUCGUAAUGUACUAAUUCUACAUGAGUGAAGUUGGUCAAUUCAUUUACACACCGUGCAGAAAGAGGCAACUUAGGUCACGGAAAAGCGUGCGUAAAGUGCGGGUUUAGGUCACACUGUGCUAUAAAAAAUAAUGAGUUGAGUAACCGCGUGUAAAAAUGAACCCCUUUUUAAAAGAUUAACAGUCUUAUUACGAUUUCAAUAAGAGACAAUAUAUCCCCGAUCUGCCAAAACAUAGUAAAAAUAGCCUAGUUUGUAAAACUGUUGUUGCAAUUUCAGCCUUCUGCAUGCUGUUUGUUAUUUUGUAAUGCGGCCGCUCCGACAACGAGCGGAAAUUUUGAUAUUCACCUAUCUGAAUUAACUUAUUUUAUAUCAUAAAACUGUAUAGAAUGUGCCGGUUUUAUUUAACUGACUUGCAUAAUAAUUGAAAUGUUUUAUCCAAAAUAGCGUUUUCCUAAAUAAUGAAAUUACCUUUGUUACUAACAGACCUCUUAAUCCUCCAUGUUAAGAACAAAUUCCUAUUUGACCAUUCAGAUGACAUCAUGUGACCUACUAACAAUACGGCCCAAAAACCUUAAAAAAAAGCGAGUACCUUCCAUAGAGGCCGGCAUCGCAUUUCCGAUACUCCUGGUGUUGCAGUGUCUAUUGGUAGCGGUGAUCACUAAGUCGCGGCACGAAACUCUAGCGAUGACCGUUAUUGCGUAGAAGUAAAAAUUAAGAUGUGUUGGGGGGUGUAGGAAGGCCAAAGGGCAAGAUCUUCCUCCGAGCUGGGUGGUGGUAGUUCGGGGGCCGCGGCCCGAUUGAUGUAGGUCGGGCAUCGUAUAUAUGAACUGUUGGCUGCCAAGUUUCACUUGCGCGAUGUAGGCUUCCUUACGUUGUGAACGCAGCGCCGGUAGCGCCAUCUCUGGAGGAGGCGAGUGUUCAUUUCCUCCAUGUUAGUUAUAUGUGGGGCAUAUAGAUGUGUAUAUGGGGCGUGCGUUGCGCCGAUUGGCUCUCCCGUCGUACCCAUGCUCAGCUAUCCCUGACGCGUUUUGUUCAGCGCUAGAGUUAUGUGCCGCGACCUGUACCAUCAGAUGAGCCGUCUGUUCGUAUGGGCAGGGGUAUAAUAAAAUAAUUAAAUAGUAGGAAUUAAAUUUCCAACCACACUUAUAGGUUGAUGGAUUUAGUGGUCCAUUAGGAACCAAGGAGAAAUUGUGCAUGUACUGAUGUUACUGUAUAAUAAACAUGUGUAUUUAUGUUGCAAUAAACUUUUAUAAAAUCAG